AUGGCGUCAGCGCUGCGCCCGAGGCGCCCGCGACCUAGGGAGUCGCAGUUCGUCCACGCGACCCUCGCCGACAAGUGGGACGCGAAGGCGGUCCUCCAGGACCCUGGCUUCGCGCGGGGCGGCUCGGGGUACGGGAGCUCGCGGACGCAGGCCAUCGACGAGACGUCCACGUUGCCUUACGCCGAGGUUUUGAAGACCCUCCUCGAGGUUGCACCCUCGGGGUUUCCAGCGCAGAAGUGCUUGAAGGAUACCUUCCAGGAGCUGGACAAGAGGCGCGGCGUCCUCGCGUGCGAUGUGCGCUUCCAGGAGAGGGCGGCCAGCCUGGCAGCAGACGCCUGGCGGGUCAUGGCGAAGCACCUCUACAACGCAGCCCAGGCGGAGAAGGCUCUGAGCAACGAGGUGCUUCAGCAGCUGGUGAAGAUGAUCAGGCUUCCCUCUGCAGAAGAUGAUGGCGGUGCAGCUCUUGCCAGCGGCGGCUCCUUCGAGGACUCGCCGUCGUUCGCGGCGGCGGCGGGCCCCGUGGAGGGCGAGGCCGCCGACGUGAGCGCGUCGGCGGUCAGGGUCGAGUUCUCCGACGACGACGUGGAGCUCUGCGGAAUGAUUUGCAAUUGCAAAGCGUGCCGCGACGCACGCACCGUCGACCUCGCGGCCGAAGAGGGCGGCGGCGAGCGGGUCCCGAUCCCGAACGCGGCCAUCGGGGGCCAGAAGCGCGAUGCCAGGACCGCCCAGACGGCGCUGAAGGGCGACAAGAGCAAGGGAAAGGGCAAGGGCGACGGGAAGGGCAAGAGCGAGAGCAAGACGAAGAGCCAGUCCGCAAAGAGGACGCGCGAGACGGUUGCGGCGAUCCUGAAGCCCCCGAAGAAGGCCAAGGCGCCCCCGAAGCAGGAGGAUGAGGCCGAGGUCGAGAGCGGCAACAUCACCCUGCCCGCAACGGUCACCGUGAGGGAGCCGAACGGGAAGAGGCGUGGCGAGGCCUAUUUGCUCGACGGCAACAAGAAGUACAUCAUGGGCAUCACCAGCAGGAGGACCGAGGAGUACAAAGAGGUCGUCGAGCGCGCCGCGGAGAAGAUCCACGGCACCAUCCUGAAGAUGAAGGACGACCUCAGGAUGUGGUUCGACCAGCAGAUCGGGUUCGACACGUCAUGA